AUGAAGGAGAACGGGUCCUUGUGUCAAGUGGAGCAGCUGCCCCCUGGAUGCCUACUGGAGCCGGGCCUUAACGGGUGCCACUCUCAGAACUACAAGCUCAGCAGCCGGAUGUCCGUCGGUGCAGGAGUCCGAAACAGAGCCAACGGGGCCGUUAAGGCUUUGUGCAGUAGCCCCGACUGCAGCACCUCCGUCAGGCUGGAGAACACGGAGCAGAUCCGGAGGGGUGGAGGAGGCGAGAAGGUGCUGGUGACCGGGGGUGCUGGGUUCUUUGGCUUCAGGCUUGGCAAGGCUUUGGCCAGGCAGGGCAUCAGCGUAAUCCUGCUGGAUCUGCACCAGCCACGAUUCGAGCUACCCGACGGAGCCGUGUUUCUGCAGGGCGAUGUGCGUGACUAUGACACCCUGUAUAAGGUGUGUGCUGGAGUGGACUGUAUAUUUCACACUGCGUCCUACGGCAUGUCAGGACCAGAACAGCUCAGGAAAGAGCAGGUGGAGUCUGUCAACGUUGGCGGCACCAACAACACCAUAAACGUGUGUUGUGAGCGUGGCAUCUCCAGACUGGUGUACACCAGUACGGUGAAUGUGGUGUUCGCUGGGAAGCCUAUCGAGGACGGGGACGAGGACUCUGUACCCUGCGUGCCUCUGGAUAAGCACAUAGACCACUACUCCAGAACCAAAGCCAUCGCCGAGCACCUGGUCCUCACCGCCAACAGAAGACCCUUACACGGCGGUGGCCUGCUGCAGACGUGUGUGUUACGACCAUCGGGUAUCUACGGUCCAGAGGAGAGAAGACACCUACACCGUGUGAUGGUGAACGUGGAGCGCAGGCUGUUCAGUUUCACUUUCGGUGACCCCGAGGCCAGGAUGAACUGGGUGCACGUGGAUAAUCUGGUCACGGCUCACGUCCUGGCAGCUGAAGGCCUCACGCCUGAGAGAGGCUGCGUCGCAAACGGACAGGCCUACUUCAUCAACGACGGGGAAUCCGUUAAUGUGUUCGACUGGAUGACGCCGCUGUUUGAGAGACUGGGCUACACUCGUCCGCUGAUCCGGCUCCCGGUUUCGCUCGUCUACUCAGCAGCGUUCCUGAUGGAGCAGUUACACGUGGCUCUGAGGCCCGUGAUGGAGAUCCCUCUGCUCCUGACCAGAAACGAGGUGAGAAACAUCGCCGUGAGCCACACCUUCAGCAUCGAGAAGGCGCGCAAGGAGCUGGGCUUCUCCCCGAAGAAGUACACCCUCGCCGACUCGGUGGACCAGUACCUCCAGAGCCGACCCGUCCCAUCCGCUUCCUCCCUCCAGGAGUCGCGGUCCUUCCUCUUCGUCCUGAUGAUGACGACGAUGAUGGUGCUGGUGGGACUGGUGGUGCUGAUUCUCUGCCCGCGCUGGCAUCAGCAUCAGCGUUAA